AUGGCAGACCCGAAGACCACCCUUGGCCAGGGGGUCAAAAUGCUGAAGGGCGGAGGGGGCAUCUUCAAAUCUGCGGCAGUCGCUGUCCUGAGGCUUGAGCGCAAGCUGAUGACUACUGGCGACAUCACAAAGCUAGCGCUGGAGAGGCAGCACAUAAAGUGCCAGGGGCGGACUCCAGAGGCCACCAUGGCAUCAGCCCUGUACACCGACGUGAAGCGCAAGGGCAACAAAUCCGUGUUCACCAGGCCACAGGAGGGGCUGUUUGGGCUGAGGGAGUGGGAGGACGAGGGAUUUGUGCCGGAUCCUGUGCCCGGCAUCCCCCCUCCAUCCGAGAUCAUCGAGCGGCGGCCGCGCAGCGAAGGGCCCCGAACGGUGCGGCGGCUGCACAGAUACAUGCCCGGCAGGAGCCCUGAGGAUGGGGAUGAGGAGUAUUCUGACCUGGGUGACUCACCCUCGCGAGGAGCCUCCGAAGACAUCACCGACUCCCCGAGCCCGCUGUUCCGGGCGCAGAACCUGCAUCCGCUGGGCGUGCGCUACAGCGGGGUCAAGGCAGGGGCGCUGCAGCUGCUGGGAGACGUCUGCAUGACGCCCCUACCCAUCAACGCCGACUUCCUCGAAGCCGCCGGCUCCACCGAAGCCAAACCGCCGCAGCUCGCGAAGCAGCAGCGGGGCCGGCCAGAGCCGUUGAGCAUGGACGGGGCAGCAGGACUGGCGAGCACUCUCAGCAGCCCCCUGCGCAUGGACAAGCUUGCAGUCUUCCACGACAUGGUGACCAGCCCCGAGGGCGUCGCGCGACUGGCGGCUGCCGCGUCGCCGUCGCCCGACUCCGGGCCGUCCACGCGACGCAAGCGCCCGCGGCUUCUGCUGGACGUCCCAGCUCUGGACUCUGUGGAUUUGGAGAAGGUGGGCAGCCUGACCAGAGCUAGCCCCGCCACAGCCGCCCUCUUCGCUGGCUUCCUCCCCUCUGCACAGGUGCUGCCUGCGCCGCUGUACCUGAGCCCGCCGCAGCUGUCGGCGCUGUCUCCGCUGCCCUUCGCGACGCUGCACCGGCCGGAGAGCGCGCAGCGUCCGCUCAGCGUACCCUCCGUCCUAUCCACCCCCAACAUGAUCAGCCUCGCCUUCGCAGAGGCGGACCUGUUUCCCGAGGGUGACAUGCAGCCCUCCGGCCUGUCUCCCUCGGGCAACAGCCGCGGCGGCCCGCCAGCCGCCGGCCGCCCCGCGCCCCACACGGCGAUCCACCCCCACCGGCACACCCCCGUCGCGCAUUUGCCGCCGCUGAGCCCCCUCACGGCGCUGCUGCACGGCGCUGCGCCCGGCAGCAUCCGCGAGGGUGCACUGAGACACGACCGGCCGCCGCCGCCGCUCAUGCUGCCCAUCUCCCAGGAGCCGGGAGACAGGAAGGCGGGCGGCAUGGUGCCCAGCAGCAGCGCUGUAGUCAAAUCUGAGCCAAAAGAGCAGGAGUAUUACCGCGAAUGGCUGCCCAACCCACCCCAACAACUCCAACAGCACCCGCCCAGCCCUCUUGGCGAGAGCAGCACGCCGACAACGGAGCGGCUGAAGCGGAUAGAGGCCAAGGUGCAGCAGAUGGAGGCCAACCUGGGAGCCAACCACCCCCAGGUGGGCAAGGCGUGGCUGUACCUGUCUAAGGCGUACCAGAAUUUCGGCAGCAAGGGCAACCAGGCGGAGUCCUUCCAGUGCAUGCGCGCGUGCUCCUCGCUGUGCACCGCCUUCUUUGACGCCUACCCGGCAGCUGCACCGGCCCUCGCGGCGGCGCCGGCGGCCGGGGACGGCGACUUCGCGUACCUUCUCGGCAACAUGCGCUCGCACAUGCCGCCCACCACUGCAGGCCAGCAACCGCAGCCGCACCAGCAGCUUCGCACGACAGAUAAAGGGCGGCAGGCUUAA